AUGUCUGCGAUAUCAACACAUCGUACGCCGAUCAGCAUUUUGCAGGAAGUUUGCGUGAAGAAAGGCAUAACUCCUAUCUAUGAACUUGUAUCAAGCGAAGGACCAAUCCAUGAGCCACUUUAUGUAUUUCUGUGUACAGCUGGUCCCUUCAGCGCUACUUCAAAAGGGGCUAGCAAAAAACGAGCCAAACAUCAGGCGUCGUACCUGAUUUUGCUAAAAAUGUUGAAUAGUCGACUUCUAACCGAGUCAGAAAAAUGUAAUCUGCGAGACAUACACAUUGCUGCUGCCAAUAUUUUGGGGUCUGAUUUCAUGGACACACUUGAUGACGCGGAGUUGGAUGGUAUACCAAGUAAAAUAAAACAAGAAGAAGAAGGCAACUUUGUUGGAAGAUUACAAGAAAUGUGUCAGAAAAACAUCUGGCCUCCUCCAUCAUAUGAAUUCCUAGAUGUAGCACCAUGUCUUCCGUCAGGUAAUGAGUACAGUUGCAAAGUUAGAUUAUGGAAGUGGACUCAUACAGGGUUUGGAAAUUCCAAAAAGUCUGCUAAGCGACGAGCUGCUUAUGGACUUUUGAAUAACAUUAUUAAGAACAACUUAACAAUACCACAAGAAGCAUUAGAAUACAUGGAAGAAGAAACCCUUUCUUUACUUGAAAAACAAGACCAACCCAACGUAAAAGAAAAUAAAUUGGAAAGCGAGGCAACUGUACGUAUUUCCUCUAAAGCGCUUCGUGGUCUAUGGAACACUAAGGGUAAUAAAGUUAAAGUUCCACCAAUGGAUACCAUGGAAAGUCUGAAUAAUCCAUGUGAGUAUCUUGCGAGUAUUUGUGAAUGUGCAAAAAUCACAGUUGUGUAUACAUACGUAUCGGCAAACGAGAAAGGGAUGAAUUACUGUUUCGCUGAGCUUUCCACGCUACCACCUCACGUAAUUAAAAGUCAGUUAAUGCCCGACUUAGCAAGUGCCCGUGCAGAUGCUGCUCGCAGAUGUGUACUUUUUCUUCAAGCAAUGUCAUCUUCAACACCUUGCCUUAAUUAUGACGCAUGGUUUUAA